AUGGUGACCUUGGUCUGGAUGAGCUGCCGUCGCUCUCGCUCCCAUCCCGCCGUAUCCUCUCCCUCACUACCCGCCUUCACCUCUCCUAUUCACCUCACAGUCACUCAGUCCCACACCGCGAUCUCCUCUUCCUUGCUUCCCCGUCGUCGCCUCUCCCUCCUCCCCGUCGUCGCCUCUCCCUCCUCCCCGUCGUCGCCUCUCCCUCCUCCCCGUCGUCGCCUCUCCCUCCUCCCCGUCGUCGCCUCUCCCUCCUCCCCGUCGUCGCAUCUCCCUCCUCCCCGUCGUCGCCUCUCCCUCCCCGCCGUCGCCUCUCCCUCCUCCCCGCCGUCGCCUCUCCCUCCUCCCUGCCGUCGCCUCUCCCUCCUCCCCGCCGUCGCCUCUCCCUCCUCCCCGCCGUCGCCUCUCCAUCCUCCCCGCCGUCGCCUCUCCCUCCUCCCCGCCGUCGCCUCUCCCUCCUCCCCGCCGUCGCCUCUCCCUCCUCCCCGCCGUCGCCUCUCCCUCCUCCCCGCCGUCGCCUCUCCCUCCUCCCCGCCGUCGCCUCUCCCUCCUCCCCGCCGUCGCCUCUCCAUCCUCCCCGCCGUCGCCUCUCCCUCCUCCCCGCCGUCGCCUCUCCCUCCUUCCCGCCGUCGCCUCUCCCUCCUCCCCGUCGUCGCCUCUCCCUCCUCCCCGUCGUCGCCUCUCCCUCCUCCCCGUCGUCGCCUCUCCCUCCUCCCCGUCGUCGCCUCUCCCUCCUCCCCGUCGUCGCCUCUCCCUCCUCCCCGUCGUCGCAUCUCCCUCCUCCCCGUCGUCGCCUCUCCCUCCCCGCCGUCGCCUCUCCCUCCUCCCCGCCGUCGCCUCUCCCUCCUCCCUGCCGUCGCCUCUCCCUCCUCCCCGCCGUCGCCUCUCCCUCCUCCCCGCCGUCGCCUCUCCAUCCUCCCCGCCGUCGCCUCUCCCUCCUCCCCGCCGUCGCCUCUCCCUCCUCCCCGCCGUCGCCUCUCCCUCCUCCCCGCCGUCGCCUCUCCCUCCUCCCCGCCGUCGCCUCUCCCUCCUCCCCGCCGUCGCCUCUCCCUCCUCCCCGCCGUCGCCUCUCCAUCCUCCCCGCCGUCGCCUCUCCCUCCUCCCCGCCGUCGCCUCUCCCUCCUUCCCGCCGUCGCCUCUCCCUCCUCCCCGUCGUCGCCUCUCCCUCCUCCCCGCCGUCGCCUCUCCCUCCUCCCCGUCGUCGCCUCUCCCUCCUCCCCGCCGUCGCCUCUCCCUCCUCCCCGCCGUCGCCGCUCCAUCCUCCCCGCUGUCGCCGCUCCUUCCUCCCCGCCGUCGCCUCUCCCUCCUCCCCGCCGUCCCCUCUCCCUCCACGCGGUUGCCUCUCCCUCCUCCCCGCCGUCGCCGCUCCCUCCUCCCCGCCGUCGCCUCUCCCUCCUCCCCGCCGUCGCCUCUUCCUCCUCCCCGCCGUCGCCUCCGGCGACAGGUGCACGAGCGCAAGCGUGA